CUUUCAACCACAUCUUAUGACUCACAGGAGUGCUGUCAACUCACUUAGGACUCAGGUCUGAAGAAAGCCUGACAUAACUCCUGGGGAAGAGGAUUCUUCAGUCUACUGCCCAUCGCAGAACAACAUGGCACCGACUAAACUGGGAGCUUGGAGUCCUUUAACAGAGGCAGCUGUGGGGUUUGCACUGGGAGCAGUGGGAGGUUCCAUACUAGGAGCCACAGAGGAUCCAGUGGACAAGAUCCUGUCAGUCAUGACUUCUGCAGGUCCACUGAAACCAGUGAUGGAGGAAGUCAGGACAGUGGGUGCUCUCGGGCUGGGGACCCUUCUUGGAGCCACAGCUUUGACCACUGUGAUGACCUCAGUCGUAGCUGGUGUGAUUUUGGCAGCAGUGGUAGCUUCAGUAUUUGUGGCCAUGAGAAGCUGCGGUGCCUCCCACACAGACUCUGCUGGUAUGUGGGCAUCAGCAGCACUCGCUGGGGCCUUUGGGACCACUCUCAGUGGAGCCACGCUUGGGAUUACUAUUGAAUGGAUUGUGAGGGCCUAUGGCAUGGUGGGCCUCUUGUGGGUGCUGAGCAUAUUCACCAUGCUCAAACCGCCCCUGCACUUUGUAUUUAAAUUCCUCUGGAAGCAGGGAGAGGCCUGUUGCACUCUGGGAUCUACCGUCUGGGACAGGGACAGGAAACAGAUGGAGAUUACAGAGUUGCAGCACAGGCAGAGAGCAGCUGAGCAGAUAGAGCAGACGAUACUGACGCUGGAGAAGGGAGGCAGCACCGGUGGGAUGGAGAAUAAGACGACAUGGGCCAGUGAGCGAAGGCAGAGAGAGGAGAUAGAAAGGAGGAAGAUAGAGAGUGAAGAGGCAGAGAUGGAGCAAAGAACAAUCCAAGACUGGAUCACCACGGUGGUGAUCAAAUACGUGGAUUUCUUGGCUUUCUCUGGGAUUCCAAUGACAGUGGUCGCCAUAGUAACAUCAGGGUUCGGGGUGUUUGGUUACGGAGGCCACCAAUCUGUAUUUAUAGUGCUUCUGGCUUUGGUUGUAGUCAUAGCCUAUUUGCUUAUGAAAUCUUCUGACUUUAAGUUCUGGAUGUUGAUAGGUUGCAUGGCAAUGCUUGCUACAUUUGUCAUUGCCAUACUCACCCUACAUGCCGGGCAGGUGGUUGUAACAACUGCCAUGAAGAUGCAAGCAGCAGGACAGAGUCAGUCCACAGAAAACAUCAGUGCUCGUAUGAACUACCAGUCCUCUCUGGAAGCUUUGAAUGCAGCUGUCUUUGUGGCAAAAUUAUUUGAGCUGGGUUUAGGGGCUACAGUGGGGGGUCCGCUGGUGAGGCGAGCAGCUGGAGAGGUGAAAGUUAUAGCAGGGGCGGCUUCAGUUGCGGGGGGUUUACUUGUGGGGUUGGAGGUUUUAGGCCCGGUUCUGGGAGAAGGGGGGAAAGCUGGGGCACUGCUGGGGGUGGUGGGGGCAGCGGGGGUGUCUGCGGAAAGUCCAAAAGGCAGUCCUGAGAUCCAGGACUAA